AUCCAGGUGCCUCUCCCGGUCGGUCUCUCCACGCAAGGCUCCGCACCAUGCUCCACACUCGAGAGCCAGAGAAGAAACUCCCACUCUACUUCGACGAUAUUUCCAGGUGUAGAACUGAUGGACGCGAGCAGAAGAUAGCACUGUGCAGCCUCGACGGUACUUUGAUCACAUCGACUUAUCCAUUUGCGUACUUCAUGCUCUUGGCAUUCGAAUCAGGUUCUCUAGCCCGGGCAUUCAUGCUCCUAGCUGCAUUCCCAGUUUCCUUACUGCUUAGAUUCCUGGUAUCUAACGAGGCAGCCAUGCAGAUGCUGGUUUUUAUCACCUUCUCCGGCCUCAAGGCUUCCACUGUAGAGUUCCUGUCCAAGGCCGUGCUCGCGAAGUCCUACUUUCGCGACAUGAACCCGCGGACACUCUCGGCACUGGUUUCUUUCGGGAAGAAGUACAUGGUCACGGCAGCUCCCAGGAUCAUGGUGGAGCCAUUUCUGAAAGAGUAUCUCGGGGUUGAGUCCGUGGUUGGGACCGAGCUCCAAGUUCUAAGCAACGGUUACUGCACUGGACUCAUUCAAUCCGGAAGCCUGCUGCUCAGCGGGAGAAGGAAGCUGGAAGCUUUGAAAAACUUCUUUGAAACGAUCCACGUCUCAUGCCCCGACGCUGGAUUCGGCAGCAGCGACUCGGAUUAUCCAUUCAUGUCUUGGUGCAAGGAAGCCUACAAAGCCAUCCAGAAGAGUGAAGAGAUCGUCCUCCCUUCCUCGGCUCAAGAACGCAUCAAACCUCUCGUGUUCCACGACGGCCGCCUGGCAGUCCUCCCGACUCCAGCAAUGGCUCUCGCCAUUUUCCUGUGGACACCUCUCGCCAUCGUCCUGGCACUGCUCCGGAUCCUCGUCCCGCACACACCAUACAGCGUGAUGCUCCCCCUGGCGGCGCUCCUCGGCAUCAAACUCCGCAUCAAAGGCUCAUUCCCACCGAAGGAUCCCGCAGCUCCAGGGAAGCUCCUCUUCGCCACCUCUCACAGGACACUCCUCGACCCCGUGGUUCUCUCGGGGGUCCUCGGCCGGAAAGUGACGGCCGUCACCUACAGCAUCAGCCGGCUCUCGGAGCUCCUCUCCAGCAUCAAGACGGUGCGCUUGAGCCGCAACCGAGCCAGCGACAGCCAAACGAUGCGUCGCCUCCUCUCUAGCGAAGACGUGGUGGUGUGUCCGGAAGGGACGACUUGCCGGGAGCCAUACUUGCUGAGGUUUAGUCCUUUGUUUGCCGAGGUCUCGGACAACAUCGUGCCUGUUGGGAUGUACGCGGAGAUGGGAUUGUUCUAUGGAACCACUGCUCGUGGCUGGAAAUGGAUGGAUCCAUUCUUCUUUUGCAUGAACGUCCAGCCAUCCUACACUCUGGAGUUUCUCGAGGCUUUGCCAGAUGAGAGGACGUGCGGGAGGGGCAAGAGAACGAGUGUGGAGGUGGCCAACUACGUGCAGGAGGAGCUUGCUAGAGCUUCUGGUCUUAAGCCCACUGCCCUUACCAGGAAAGAUAAGUAUCAGUUUCUAACUUUUGUUCAGUAAAUGUAUAAAAAUUUAUUUAAAAACUUCAAAUGAUUUGCAUGAAA